AGUAUCGAACUGAAAUGGUCUGGCUUACGGGAAUCAGCAUGUUUCUACGCUCUUUACAUAGUCUUCUUUAGGAUAUCCUCUGGGUCAUCCCGAGGCCCCGUCGUACAAAGCCGACUGCUGUAUUUGAAGUCAAAAUGUGAGGCAGGCGCUCAAUUUAUCAUUACACAACUCUUUUUCGAGGCUGAGGUAUUUGAAGAAUUCGUGCGUGAUUGUCGCGAAAUAGGAAUCACUGUUCCGAUCAUUCCUGGAAUUAUGCCAAUAAUGGGUUACGACUCAAUUCGUCGUAUAGCAACACUAUCUCAGCUUACGAUUCCCGAAUCCAUUCUAUCUGAUCUCGAGCCGAUCAAAUUUGACGACGAUGCUGUGAGGAAGUACGGAACCGUUAAGGCCAUUGAGAUGUGUCGUCGAAUUUUAUCGAAUGGAUCGGCCCCUUCAAUUCAUUUAUACACAAUGAAUAGAGAAGGUGCCUGCCGAUUGAUAUUUCCCAACAUGGACGCUGGG